CAAAUUUAUUGUUUAUUGUCUAAAAUGAAAUUACAAAAAUAGUACCAAAAAUACAUCACUGCCUUUUUAGCAGGAAUUGGCUUUUUCUCUUAUAAUCGCCAUUUUCGAUUCCACAGUCGCAAAUAUCAUGUCGUCGUUACCGUCAGCAAUUCGAUUUGAUUUUGGUUAGUAGUGUUCGGUAUUCGAUUUUUUAAUGGAAAUUUUACUUUAAAAAAAGCGUCGGAAUAUAAAUCGUCUUGUCCAAGGCUAAGUAUCAAUUUAACUGUUUCACAUCUAUUAUUGUGGUUGAUCAUUUUUAUAAGUUCACGGUGGUUACAAUGGUAUUACAUAUGAACGUAGUGAAACACUCGUAUAAGCAGUUCAUGCUAAUUUACGCAUAUGUAUGCCUGUGUGUAUGCAUAUACUUGAGGAUAUAAAAAGGGGAAAAAUACACAUCUGUUCAAUAAUUGCACAAAAAAAUCAAACGAAAGGCAAUAUCAAUUAAAACAUUGGUGAAAGCAAUGAACAAGUGAAAAGUUUAAGCAUUACGACCUCCUUUGAAAAUACCUAUAUUCAUUUACCAGGUUAAACGUAAUCCGCCAAUAAUAGAAAUUCAAAAUUUAAAAGUAACUCAUAUUCAGUGCAGUGUACAUCAACGUUUGAAAUAUUUGUUACAAUAAGAAAAUACAUCUACAAAUCUUAUUUGAACAUGCAGUGGAAAAUUUAAUAAACUACAACCUACCUAUAUUUUUUUUUCUUUUUUUUUUUAUAAAUUUUGUCUACAUCAACAUCAACGAUUAAUAACGAAAAGCCAGCAACAAACGGUGAACCACAAGCAAAGCAACCAGUCAUUCAGACAACGACCAUCGACUUUCAUCGCAAUUCGCUCUCCUCUCAUUAUGUUGCGUCGCAACAAAGCAACAAAAAGUUUUUGAGGGGCAUCGGUAUUAGUAUAUUGUGAUUGUGACUGUGACUGUGACUGUGACUGUUGUGUAUAUCGGAAACAGUAGUAGCGGUGUUGGUGCUACCCUUCAUCAUCAACACUGAAUUGUGCACAAGAAAACAGAGAAAAAAUUAUUACAUAUAUACAUAUAUAUUUACAAAAUAUAAAAAACAUCUCCUUGUAUAUACUCGUCGUUCACGCUGCUGUUCCUUCUAUCUACAAUCUUAACGUCACCGGUUCUCACAUCUCGCAUCGUAUACAUUACGUCUGCUCGUUUCUUGGUCGCCGCUUACUCGUACCUCGUUCGCAUAUUCAGUUGCGCUGUUUAUCGGUGGCGGUUUUGGUGUUUUUGUCGUACUGUUGUAUAUAUGAGUCGUCGUCGUCGUCGUCGACAUCGUCAUCAGUUCCCAAACUCGUGCAAAAAUUGCGAAGAGUAAAAAUUUCAUUGUCGCUGAGCGGUGUUUAUGUGCAUAUGUGGUGCCUUGGUGAGAAAUCGUAGUCGCACUAGUCGAUCGUGAACGUCGGCAGAGUUGUUAGUGAUUGUCAAUGUACUAACUGCAGUGGUGUUAGUUAAAUUGUGGUUGGUUGGAAAUUUCGAAAUUAUUUACCUGAUUCCGAAUGUUAAUUCGAAUUGGAAUUUUAAUCCAGUAUAGUGUUGGAAAGAUAAUACAGAAUAAAGCAGUUUAAAAACGGAAUUGUAACAAAAGAAAUGAGCGAAUGCAAACCAAAGAUAGUGCUAAAAUAUAAGCAAAAAGGAAGGGAGAAAUAUUGAGAUAAAAAGGAAAAAAGUAAGUUUAUUACUGAAGAUAAUAAAGGAAGAAAUAUUGUUAAUUUUCUCUGCAUACGUAAGUUUGUUAAAAGAGUGUAUAAGUGCGUGUUUAAUUUAUCAAUUCGCACACGCUGGUUGAUUUAACAGAAAAUAACGAAAGAUACAAAACGGCAAUAUAAGAUAAUAUAGUAUGUAUGCUUGUACGUAUUAUGCAUAAGUGUAUAAGCAAAAAUAACUGAUAUAAGCAAACGCCGCGGUAAAUGACGUAGCCACGCAGCAGUAGAGAUAAAAUAGAAAAUUAUUAUUUAAUUGUAAUAAUAUAGAAGCCGUGUGUUAGUGUGUUGAUUUUGUCUUCAAGUGCUGUGUGCACUGCAGUGCAGUGGAUUUCAUAGUGUGCUUUUAAUUUAAUUGCAAAGUUUUUUGCCAAAACACAAAUUGCUUAUUAUCAACGAUAAUUGAGAAAAUGAGGAGCUGUUGUGUAAAAAAAAUACAUGAACUAUGACGCAUCAAAAUCAUCAGACCAACGGCGCUAGUUUGGAGGAUUGCCAUACAAACUUUUUUGCCCUGACUGAUUUAUGCGGAAUUAAAUGGCGUAAGUUCGUCAACGGCGAACGUGUUAAUGCGUCUAGUGAUCCAUUAGAUGACCCCAUCCUGCACUCCUAUUCACGAUGCAUGCAAGCUGACAUUCUAUGUGUUUGGCGACGCAUACAAUCGACCAAGCAGGAUAAUUUGGAUUUAAAUCCGAUAUUUGAGAUUAGUUCAUCGAAAGUGCAUCCACCACUUUCGUUAGCCGCCGCCAAAGAGUUAUGGAUAUUUUGGUAUGGUGAAGAGCCAGACCUGAGUGAACUGGUGGAUGCUGAAUUACUAAAAGUUGCCGCAAAUCAAGCACUUUGGAAUGGAACCUGGGAACGAGGUCUCACAUACGAGUGCCGGUCAUUGCUCUUUAAAGCCUUGCACAACUUAAUGGAACGUUUCGUGUUGACCAAAGAUAUUGUGCGUUUUGGAAAAUGGUUCGUUCAGCCAUGUACUUCCAGCGAUCGACUCUUUGGGCGAAGUUCCCAACAUCUUUCAUUCUCUUUUACGUUCUUCGUGCACGGCGAUACCGUAUGUGCAUCGAUUGAUUUGAGGGAACAUCCUGCGGUACGUCCCUUGUCCAAAGAGCAUUUAAAAGAAGCAGCUGCCGCUUUUGCGGCUGCAAACAACUCACAAACAUUGUCGCAACCUCAUGAAAAUGGCAAUUGUACAAAUAUCAUGCCAGAAGAUGUGGCGAGUCCACAUAAUCCCAGCAAUGGUGGUAGCAAUAAUGGUGCGGAAGCUGCCACGAACUCAAAUUCACCCAACACCGCCACUUUACCCAAGCCACGACGGGUAAUAUUAGCACCUUUCGGAAUGGCAGCAACACUUACGGGUAAUAGCUUUAAAGCUACAGAUCCCAUGGCCGAAAAGAUCCUAGAAGAUUGGGCAUCAUUCUUCCCAUUGUGCAAUAAGGAGAACUCCGAUGUGCCACCGGUGGUUGAAGUUGUGUCAGGCGGACAUAAAAUGUAUCAUCCUUCAAUUUAUGUACUAGUCACUGAUUUGGAUGAUAUGGAGGAAAUGGAAGCGGCUGCCUCGCAAAAAGGUGCACUGGGUACAACUUCUUCUGCGGAGGCUGCAGCAUUGGCAGCCAUUUCAUCUGCGAAUCCUAAUGAAAGUGCAGUUGGCAGUAGAAAGCAGUCAAAUGCAACACCGCACCACCCUGCUGGCGUGCAGCAGCAACAACAACAAAUGCACACUGUAACUACUGUAACGACAGUUGCCACGUCCAGCAGCAGCCAAGUAGUCGGCAGCAGCAGCGGGGGUAAUGGGGGUACCAGCAGUAGUAUCCUAAAUAGCAAUAGCAGUAUUGCAAUGGUUGAGCAACGUUUGCAUGAUCUGACGGCAAGGGCACAACCUCACUACGAUACAAAUUCGAGUAGUUUUACGGGCAACACUACUAAUACUCAUGCCUCACCACAGGCAGCAACAGAAAUGCCCGAGCGUGUGUGGCAGGAUUGCAUAACAAAUGCACUGCAUGUGACAUAUGCGGCUAGCGUUGCUACUUCAACAGUAAUAGGCAGCUGUGGCACCACAAACGGGCAAAUAGCUACAUCCACAACGCUCUCCACCACCAGCGGCGUAGCACAACAGACGAUGUUAGGAACAACUGCUACCGGUACUGGUACAGUAGGUGGUAGUGGUGGUAGCGGUGAGGAUUGUAAUGUCGGUAGUGUUACUAACAUAAAAACCGAAAACAAUAGUGGAGGCGGUAGUGAGGAUACGAGAAAUAUCAACACGAAUGCGAAUGACGCAAACAGUUUAGAGAACAAAUUGCGUAUGCAACAGCAGCAAUUUUGGGGAUUUGUCGAUCCAAUGGAGAAGGCACCUUGCUCAUGUGCAAACAGCAAAAAGACUGCAGCUUCUACUUCUUCUUUGACAAUGACAUCCCCUAUAUGUAGUAUUUCCGGGCCGGCUACGUCCGUGCGAUUAAGCAACAGCAUGAUGAUGGCAUUGGGUGGCAAAAUGCAUGCCGGCUCGGCGGGAUGCAGUAGCAGCAGCAGCAGCAGCAGCGGCACCAAUACCAACACAAACACCAGCAAUAGCCACCACAAUCAGCAGCGACUACAGCAGCACCAACAACAAUAUCGUACACCAUUAACAAUGUUGUCGCCACCAUCAACGGCGUCAUUGCCGAUGGGACAGUCGUCGACCCCCCCGUCCCCAUGGUUGGGCAGCAACAGUAAUGCCAAAGGUAGUAUUAGCAACUUGCCUCGUACGACAAUGCGUAUGCCAUUCCAUCGGCGUCAACAAUUUGACUUUUACAUCGAUAACAACACAAUUGGCGGCGGCGGCGGCGGCGAUGGCGGCGGCCUCGUCAGCAAUUAUUUGUGUACAAGUCUAAGCAAUUCGUUGUGGAGGGGUCAGUGUGGCAGUGGUGGUGGUGGCAGUGGCAGUGGUGGCGUUUGCUUUGACGUCGUUGACGGUGCAGUGGAUACAGUAGACGCUGCCGCAGCUGCUGCUUCCAAUGGCAUCAGUGCUUUAGUGCAUUAUCAAACUUCAGACACCAUACCAAAGCAAAGACCUUUGAAUCCAGCAUCGAUGACACCGCACGAUGCACCACACGGUGGCGCCUCAACUUAUUCGCGCAAUUCCGUUGGCGAUUUGAUGCCAGUGCCAUCGGUUGGUUCCCCUGGCACACCAGCGCCAUCGCCACAUCCCAAUUCUACAUUAUCACAGCCUACGUCAGUACCACCGGCCGAUCAAUUGUUGGCUAUGAGUCCACGUGCACCACCAUCCGUACCGAAUUUACAACAACCACCAACGCCGAUUGAUCAUUUAUUGGACAAGAAUACACCGGCGCCAACGCCCACCGAUCAACAUGAUAGCAAGAGCAUCACAACGUCGCCGUAUGUGCGGCCAACGCCAAGCGUAGAGCCGCCACCAUCAGUUGAAGGUGGUAACGGCAGCGGUGGCGGUGGUGGAUUGUGUGGUGUGGGACCAAAUGGGCCGGGUAGCGUGCCGCAACCAUCAAGCGUAGGACGCUGUACACCCACUAUGGGCAGCCAGCAGCAGCAAUCACAACAAUCUACACAUACCGGUACGCAGUCACAAGCACAAAUGCUAGGCAACCCACCAGGCACAGCUGCAGCGCCACAAUGUGGUACCAUAUCUAUUAAGAAAUUUGAAAUUCAACAGCCCUUAAGUGCUGAUCAAAUUACAACUGAGCCCGGUUGUGUGGCGACAUCUAUGACCGGUUCUUGUAGCCGGAAUAGCUUACCGGCCGUUUCUGUGGCUUCAAGCAUAUCAACCGCUGAAGCUCUCAAUGAUUACUGGAAGUCGUUUAAAAUGCCCGAAAUCAAAGUGAAGGAUAUUGACAGUUUCGCCAACGACGACUGCACAAAAUUUGAUGUACUGUAUGAUUUUACGUUUCAAAACGCUUGGGCGAAUCAUCCGAUGAAGCGUUUCAAAUUAAAUGAAGUGAGCAAACCGUGUCGUAGUAUGCGCACCAAGAAUCUAUAUGACGGUCACACACACUCCAAGCCGCUAAUGCCGUCACCGGGCUCCGUGUACGGCUCCCAGCUGCUAUCCAUAGAUGCUUCUUUAAACUCGCUCUCUGGCUCAGCUAUGAAUGCAGCUUCCGUUGGAAAUGCUAGUGGCGGUUUAGUGGGCAUUGCAGCACACAGCGGCAAUAUGCCAAAUGCCAAUGACGAUAGUAUUGAUGGAAAUAGUAACGCCGGUGCUUAUUUCCAGAGCUUGGACAUAAACACGUCGGAUGCGCUACAGGGCACGGCUUCACCUUGCAAAGAGGGCAAAAGCAGUGCCAGUGGUAAUCUCUAUACUGCUGAGGGCUUGAAUCCUACUAUGAACGAUCUCGAACAGUUGUUUGAGACCUCCAACGACGACUGCGGCAGCGUGCAAAUACAUACACCGCCCGAUUCGAACAACCCAUCCAAUGGCUCAACUACCACUACCACAAUAGAUGAUCUGAAACGCAGUACCGCAGUCGCUGCUGCGGUUAAUGCCAGUGCGGUUGCUAUUGCUGCCUUACAGAAUUGCGCAAAUACCACUAGCACUAACAAUGCAAUGGGAGUUAACAAUUGCAGCAAUAAUGGUGGUGGUACGGGCGGCCCGAGCAUGAUACAGGCGGAGGACCUGACAAAAAUGUUUCCCACACCGCCCUCCCACGAGCAACAUCAUCCCAAUUCUAGUCCGUGCCAAAUGGAUAUCCAAAUGACGGAUCUCAGUGUGAUUACUGCCUCCACUACAAUGUCGGCCACCAUGGAGUCCGGUAUGGGUGGUAUCAUGAAAAUUAAACAAGAAUAUUUUGCUGAAUUGGGUAGUCCCAUAGAGGAGCCAAUCGAAGAUUGGUCUUACGUAUACCGGCCGCCGAAGCGUGCAAAAUUUGUUGGCUCUUCCAAAUAUGCACCACUAACAAAUCUUCCUAGUCAAACGCUGCCGCCCCUGGCGUUGCCACCGAAUUGCACUUAUAAGCCGUCUUGGACGACACAGAAAUCGCGCGCAGCGGUUGCAGCUCAAGCAGCAGCAGCACAACAACAGCAACAGCAGCAAUUACAGCAACAACAGCAGCAACUGCAGCAACAACAUCAGCAGUUGCACGAAUUGCUUUCGGCCGCUCCACGUACGCCCCUGCAACAACCGCGCACUCCCCUGGGACCCGUACCAUCGCCAAUGCACACGAAUACCGUUUCAACGCCGCUGAGUAGUGGUGGCGCCAUCGGCGGAAAUAAUCUGCUAUUGAACCAAUUGAAUUGUCCGCAGGCAGCACUCACAAAUACCCCUGGCAGCGCCAGUAUGCAGCAAAUGAUGCAACGUGCUGGCAUGUCGCCGAUAUCACCGGCGCCUGCCCCCGUGGUGCCUUUCCCCAUGAUGCAGCAGCAACGUCAUCCGCCACCACCAUAUGAAAUGGCAGUGGCCAGUCCGGCCACUUCGACUUCUUCGUAUUUGAAUAAACAGUAUCAUUCGCAGGAGCAUCCGCCUACACCACAAAGCGUCGGCAUGCCUUCAACACAUUUACCGGGACCGCUAAGCGCUGCUGGUAAUCUUGCGUCAACUAACGUCGCAACAGGUACUUCGGCAGCUCGUGAGCUUCCGGAAGUCAGCUCCUUGAUAGUCAAUAUUUUGUUGUACGAUACGGCGCUGAAUGUAUUCCGUGAUCACAACUUCGAUAGCAGCACGGUUUGCGUGUGUAAUGCAGAUUCGCAGAAAGUGGGUAAUAUACGCGGUGCAGACUCGGGUGUAUAUGUGCCUCUGCCCGGUGGAAGUUUUAAUCCGCUACCACCUACAACAAAUACAAGUGGUAGCCCUGGUGUUAGUGGUGUGAACGGCAGUGGUGGCGGCGGUGGAGCUGGAACAAACAUCCGCUUGCUCAGUGCCUUUGGAGGGGGAAGUGCUCUAGAUUCACCCGCAUCAUUGCCAGGAAAUUCUGGAAACACGGGGUCUGGCUCAUCCUCAUCUUCGAAUACACCCGCCAGUAAUCAACACAUCACCGGCUAUGUAGACGACGAUCCAGUGGAUUGUACAUGCGGCUUCAGUGCUGUAGUCAAUAGGCGACUUGCAUUUAGAGCCGGCCUCUUUUACGAGGACGAAAUGGAAAUUACGGGAGUUGCUGAAGAUCCUGCCCGCUACAAGAAACAGUCGUUGGCUUCCCUAAUUGCAAAUUUGGCAAGAGCUCUCACGCCAACCACGUCAAAAUUGAGCACAGCGCUCUUACCCAUCAAGGGUGGUAAUACCUUCGUGCCUGCGAAAGCAGAUAAAGUAAAUCAUGUGCCGCCAGACGCUCAAGCGCUGCAGAAUGCGCAUGUAAUUUUCGACUUGUUACUUGAACAAUGCUCCAUCAUACAAACAUCUAGCAGUUCCAUUCAACGUGCGUUACAGCGGCACAGGCAUCGUUUGGCUAGGCAAAGUCGACAACCACAGUCCGUGGCGGCCAUCUCCAAUGUAUUAGAGUUCGUUGACGCGAAUGAUGUUAUGUGUUUAGCGUUGGAGCAGGCGAGACUGGCUUUCGAAAGCAAUCGCAUGGAUGUGAAUGAAUUUUCGAGUCAGCAUCAACUCUCGCCGCUGCAUGCGAGCGGUCCUGUUGGGUUGAAACGCAAUAAACAACUUUAUGCUAGCAGAUUAACGGUGCACAAAUGGCCGUACAUUCCAGUUGGUUACUCACGCAGCAAUAAAGAGAUCGUGCGCACCAUGAAUUUCGUCCAGCCCAUGCUGCAAAAUGCAUUCCAUUCGAAAUCGCGUAGUGCUGCGGGCAGCAAAGAUGCAACAUACACUGUGAGUGGACCGCUGACAUGGCGACAAUUCCACCGUUUGGCGGGACGAGCUUCGGGUCAAUGCGAACCACAGCCUAUUCCUUCGGUUAUUGUAGGACAUGACAAGGACAUGGUUUCUGUAGCGCCGCUUGCAAUACAUUACUGGGACAAGCUCUUAUUGGAGCCCUACGCGUAUGCGCGUGAUAUUGUUUAUUUAGUUGUCUGUCCAGAAAGUGACUUUGCGGUUCAGAAUACGAGAACAUACUUUAGGGAAUUGAGUUCCACAUACGAAAUGUGUAAAUUGGGCCAUCACACGCCUAUACGCGGUUGGGACGGUCUACUGACGGUGGGUCCUCGUGCACCAAAUGAUAGUACACCAUGCAACACGCCUUUGGACGAUUGGCUGCGCACCUUAGACGACACUGCAUUGGCAGAGAAGAUUCGAUUGUAUGCAAGCGCGUUCCAUAAUCAAAUUGUGCCGUACCUCAAUCGUGUACCCGGCGACAAAACGCUGCUUAAUCCACCGGAAAACAGCAGUUUUCAACCUGGCGCCGGCCGUGAACGGGGAACCACCAGUCCAACUGGUAAUCCAAUUUCUAUGCAUGGUGGGGUGGGUGGUAGCGAACAAGAAAAAGGGCAUAACUCCCCAAAAAUGGAGGGCGGCAUCGAUCAACAGCAGCAGCAGCAACAGCAGCAACAACAGCAACAACAACAACAACACCAGCAGCAGCAGCAGUUGCAACAUCAACAGCAGCAACAACAACAGCAAUCCUCAUCUGAGGCCGCCGACAUUAAGCCGGACAUUAAAACAGACAACAAACCACCAAUUGUGCUUAGCGAUCCAUUGGGCAUGGCCGAUACGAUGGAAGAAAUUAAUCCGGCAGCGAUAGUGCUCUACAUAGUCGAACCAUUCACCUUUGGAUCAGAUUCACCGGAACUGGAGCGAUUAGCAUGCAUAGCAUUGUUGCGUUGCUACGCCGAACUCUUAAAAUCCAUACCAGAUUCAGUGCGUGCCAAUAUCAAUAUUCAAAUCAUAUCGUUGGAAUCAAUAGUCGAAUUGGGACGUUCACGUACUCGUAAACGUUUCUCAGACGAAAUCAGAUGCUUAGCAUUGAACAUAUUCUCGCAGUGCCGACGUCAUUUAGUGCACACACAGGCCGUAAAGAGUCUGACCGGUUUCGGCACAGCCGCCAAUAUGGAAGCAUUCCUCAAAAGUAAAGACGAAAAGAACCGACAACCAUACAAAAUGUAUACGCCACCGUAUGUGUUGGCGCCAAUGCAUGAAAAAAAUGACAAAACCGAUUUUUCCCGCCAAUCAUCCAGCAUGCGUGCGCUGAACGAGCAAAAAUAUUCUGUAAUGUACUGUAAUUAUUGUCUAAGUGAAGAUCAGAGUUGGUUGCUUGCGACCGUCACGGAUGAUCGUGGUGAGAUGUUCGAGAAAAUCAUAAUCAACAUUGAUGUGCCGAAUCGUGCGCGUCGACGAAAAGCACCGGCGCGACGUGUAGGCCUUAAGAAGUUAAUGGACUUCAUAAUGGGUUUAAUCUCACAGACGGCACAUCAUUGGCGUUUGGUGGUUGGUCGCAUUGGACGUAUCGGGCACAGCGAAUUGAAGUCGUGGAGUUCCCUGCUAAGCAAACAAAAUCUACAGAAAGCUUCCAAGCAGCUGAAGGACAUUUGCAAGCAAUGCUCUCUUAUGUACCCACCGGGUAUACUGAGCGCCUGCUUGGUUACGCUGGAGCCUGACUCGAAGCUACGCGUAAUGCCUGAUCAAUUUACGCCCGACGAACGCUUUUCACAAAUAUCUAUGCAAAACCCACUUUCUACGCCGCAAGAUGUAACAUGUACACACAUACUAGUGUUUCCAACAAGUGCUGUUUGUUUGUCAUUUACGCGCCAAUUCCAAAAUGAACCACAAGUCGACUUGGAGAACGAUAUAAUAUUUGAUGAUGAUGAUGAAAAUGGCGGCUUUACCGAUGCCGAACUCAUGGGCGAUCUGCUCGAUUGGGACCCUCAACCUGGUCGCUUAUCGAACCACUGCAGCCCGGAUCGUAUGGAGGAUAAUCGCAGUUGGCCCAGCGCAGGCGGCAAUAAUUUUAAUUCGGCGCAACAACAAGAUGUGGAGGAGGUGGGCUCAAUAAAUCAGCAACCCCUUGCUGUCGGCUACAUGGUCUCCACAGCGCCGACUGGGCGUAUGCCCUCAUGGUUUUGGGCAGCUUGUCCACAUUUGGAGGACGUUUGUCCGGUGUUUUUGAAAACAGCACUACAUCUGCAUGUGCCCAACAUACAGACCGCCGAUGAUAUACUCAAUUCGACAAAUGCGCAUUCAUCAGCCAUAGACCAUCCGCUGGACUCCUCGCUCACUGCUGAUGUGUUGCGUUUUGUAUUAGAAGGUUACAAUGCAUUGUCGUGGCUGGCAUUGGACUCCAAUACACAUGAUCGCCUUUCGUGUUUGCCAAUUAAUGUGCAGAUGCUUAUGGAUCUUUACUAUCUAACAGCAGCAAUUAUGUAAACUCUGAAAGUUUUGGGGAACAGGGUAAACAAAAAGAAAAACAAAAACAAAAACAAAAAACAAUAC